CUCUGAUUCACCAAUGGCUAAAAGCGGUCUCCACCCCUCAGCCAGGGAAGGGCAAAGUAGCCGGACCGAAUCACUACCCAUUCAGCUGGGUGUAGUUUGAGCAGACGGAGUCCCUGGACCCUGCGCGGCACGAUGUGGCUUUGGCUGGUGCUGCUGGCUGUGCUGCUGGCGGGCCUCCGCAAAGUUUACCUGGGGCUGUUCGCUGGCAGCUCCCCGAACCCCUUCUCCGAGGAUGUCAAGCGGCCACCGGCGCCCCUGGUGACCGACAGAGAGGCCAGGAAGAAGGUUCUCAGACAAGUUUUCUCAGCCAGCCAAGUGCCGGAGAAGCUGGAUGUGGUGGUGAUUGGCAGUGGCAUCGGGGGCCUGGCUGCAGCUGCAAUCCUGGCUAAAGCUGGCAAGCGAGUUCUGGUGCUGGAGCAGCAUACCAAGGCAGGGGGCUGUUGUCACACCUUUGGAAAGAAUGGCCUUGAAUUCGACACGGGAAUCCAUUAUAUUGGGCGCAUGCAGGAGGGUAGCACUGGCCGAUUUAUCUUGGACCAGAUCACGGAAGGGCAGCUGGACUGGGCUGCCAUGUGCUCUCCUUUUGACAUUGUGGUACUGGAAGGGCCCAAUGGCCGAAAGGAGUUCCCCAUGUAUAGUGGGGAGGAAGCAUACAUCCGGGGCCUCAAGGAAAAGUUUCCCCAGGAAGAAGCAGCCAUUGACAAAUAUAUGAAACUGGUUAAGGUGGUUUCCAGCGGAGCCAUUCAUGCCAUCCUGCUCAAGUUCCUCCCAUUGCCCUUGGCUCAGCUGCUCAGCAGGUGUAGGCUGCUCAUUCGUUUCUCUCCGUUUCUCCGUGCGUCCACGCAGAGCCUGGCUGAGGUCCUGCAGCAGCUGGGGGUCUCCCCUGAGCUCCAUGCAGUGCUCAGCUACAUCUUCCCCACUUACGGGGUGACCCCCAGCCACACCACCUUUGCCAUGCAUGCUCUGCUGGUUGACCACUACCUCAAAGGAGGAUUUUAUCCCCGAGGGGGUUCCAGUGAAAUCGCCUUCCACAUCAUCCCCGUGAUUGAGCGGGCAGGGGGUGCUGUCCUCACGAAGGCCACCGUGCAGAGUGUGCUGCUGGAUUCAGCUGGGAAAGUGUGUGGUGUCAGUGUGAAGAAGGGGCCACAGCUGGUCAACGUCUAUUGCCCCAUCGUGAUCUCCAGUGCAGGGCUGUUCAACACCUAUGAGAAGCUACUGCCGGAGGGCGCCCGCUCUCUGCCAGGUGUGCGGCAGCAGCUGCGGAUGGUGCGGCCUGGGCUGGGCAUGUUCUCUGUCUUCAUCUGCCUGCGGGGCACCAAGGAGGAGCUGGGUCUGCAGUCCACCAACUACUAUGUUUAUUUUGACACCGACAUGGACAAGGCGAUGGAGCGCUACAUCUCCCUGCCCAGGGAAAAGGCUGCAAAUCACAUCCCCCUUCUCUUCAUUGCUUCCCCAUCAGCCAAGGACCCGACUUGGGAGGACCGAUUCCCAGACCGGUCCACGAUGAUCGUGCUGGUGCCCAGCGCCUUCAAGUGGUUUGAGGAGUGGCAGGAGGAGCCGAAAGGAAAGCGGAGCCGUGACUACGAGACCCUCAAAAGCGCCUUUGUUGAAGCCUCUAUGUCGGUGGUCAUGAGACUGUUCCCGCAUCUGGAGGGAAAGGUGGACAGUGCGAUUGGAGGAUCCCCACUGACCAAUCAGUUCUACUUGGCUGCUCCCCGGGGUGCCUGCUAUGGGGCUGACCAUGACCUGGGCCGCCUGCAUCCUCAUGCGAUGGCCUCCUUGAGGGCUCAAAGCCCCAUCCCCAACCUCUACCUGACAGGCCAGGAUAUCUUCACCUGUGGGCUGAUGGGGGCUCUGCAAGGGGCCCUGCUGUGCAGUAGUGCCAUCCUGAAGCGGAACUUGUACUCAGACCUCAAGGAUCUUGGCUCAAGGAUCCAGGCCCAGAAGAAGAAGAAUUAACUUGGUCAGAGAUGAGUCAGAAGAAUUUGGCCACUGGCAACGCACAUCCUUUGAUUUGCCUACAGUGCCUUUGUGCAUUAGCUCCUUGCACACGUAAAGCACUCUAAGUUGUUUGAUUUCCGACAGAGGCCCAGUGUAACUCUCAGCUCUUCAACUGAAGCUCCUCGCGCCGGGGCACGUGAUGAUCUUAUUAUAAUACACACUGUCCCUGCCAACAGCCUGCAUGGGACCACUGCUGCAAACAGGUUUUUUUUUUUUUUAACAGAUUUAUUUGAAAGGCAGAGUUACAAAGAGGCAGAGGCAGAGAGAGAGAGGUCUUCUAUCUGCUGGUUCACUCCCCAAAUGACCACAAUAGCCAGGAGCCUGGAGCUUCUUCCGGGUCUCCCACACAGGUGCAAGGGCCCAAGCACUUGGGCCAUCUUCUUACUGUUUUCCCAGACUAUAGUAGAGAGCUAGGUCAGAAGUGGAGCAAGGACUGGCACUGUGGCGUAGCAGAUAGAGCUGCCGCCUGCAGUGCCGGCAUCCCAUAUGGGCACCGGUUCAGGUCCGGCUGCUCCACUUCCAACCAAGUUCUCUGCUGUGGCCUGGAAAAGCAGUGUAAGAUGGCCCAAGUCCUCGGGCACCUGUACCUGUGUGGAAGACCCAGAAGAGGCUCCUGGCUCCUGAUCGGUGCAGCUCCGGCCAUUGUGACCAAUCAGUGGAUGGAAGACCUCACUAUCUCUCUGUGCCUCUCCUCUGUGUAAUUCUUUCAAAAAAAAAAAAAAAAGUGGAGCAGCUGGGACUCGAACCAGUGCCCAUAUGGGAUGCUGGCAUUGUAGGCAGCGGCUUUAUCCACUACACCAUAGUGCUGGUCCAGUUUUGAUGCCUAACCCUGAGCAUGCUCUUUUUUUUUUUUUUUUUUUUUUUUUGACAGGCAGAGUGGACAGUGAGAGAGAGACAGAGAGAAAGGUCUUCCUUUGCCGUUGGUUCACCCUCUAAUGGCCGCUGUGGCCGGCGCACUGCAGCCAGCGCACCCCGCUGAUCCGAAGGCACGAGCCAGGUGCUUCUCCUGGUCUCCCAUGGGGUGCAGGGCCCAAGCACUUGGACCAUCCUCCACUGCACUCCCUGGCCACAGCAGAGAGCUGGCCUGGAAGAGGGGCAACCGGGACAGAAUCUGGCGCCCCAAUCAGGACUAGAACCCGGUGUGCCGGCGCCGCAGGCAGAGGAUUAGCCUAGUGAGCCGCGGCGCCAGCAAGCAUGCUCUUCUGCAUCCUCUGCACCUGCCCCCUAACUGAACAAUCACAGUGAAUAUUCUCUGGGUCAAGUGGGCAGAGUCCCUGAAGCUGAAGUUCAGCUGAAGCAGGUUGGCUGCCUUCCUCUCAGUCACUUAAAGUUCUACAGUCGAGGAAGGGUAACUAAGGGGUUUUAGUAAAACCCUGAGCUUGCUUUUGGCUGUAGUUUCAUAGUUCAGAGGGCCCCAGUUCCCACAUUCCUGGUCUCAGUGGCUCUCUGAGGACAGGAGGGGUUGGCGUGGUGGCACACAGGUUUAAGCACCCCAUAUGGGCACCUGUUCGUGUCCCCACUGCUCCACUUCUAAUCCGCUCGCUGCUAAAGCACUUGGGACAGCAGCAGAAGAUGGCUCAUGUGCUUGGGUCCCCGCAUCCAUAUGGGAGACAAGGAUGGAGUUCCUGGCUCCUGGCUUCAGCCUGGCCCACCCCAGCCAUUGCAGCCAUUUGGGGAAUGGACCAACAGAUGGAAGAUCUCUCUGUAUCUUUCUGUAACUUACUGCCAAAUAAAAAAAAAAAGACAGGAAACACCUGUGGUAGGGUCCAUCUGUGAUAGGGUCCACGUGGUUCUGCAGAUAGGGGCCCCACUAGUCAGCAAGGUGUUAUGUUAGAAUAUGUGGUUUGUAUGCAGCCACGCCUCAGCUUCAUCUUCCUUUUGGUGGGGGUGUCAGUGAAAAAACACCCUCAGGAAGCUCAGAACCCAAGCCUUAAGCCUUAUCUUCUAAAACACGCAGGGAAGGGGGAAGACAGUCAUCUAUGCUGGGGUUAAAGCAGACUGAAGGAUCAUUCCAGGCCAAGGGCACAGCACAGGACAGUACCAAGGCAGAGAACGCACUGUGACAAUGCGCCAGCUUACCACCUCAACUACAAAACAGGCUCCCAGGCAGGGAAGAGUGGGGGUGGGAGUGGAAAGUCAGAACUGGAAUACAGAAAGCCACAGAAUGUGUUCAAGCCCAGGAAUGGCCAGAAUACAAGGCUGAGAAUCCCUUCCCCAAGAAGCUUGGGACUUUGGAAUAUUUUCAUAUUCCAAACGAGAUCUAAUGUGCUAUCCUGGGGAUGGGAUUCAAGUCUAAAGAGAAAAUUUAUUUAAAUUUCAGACAUAUAUUGUAUACAUAGCUAAAUAAUUAUAUAUAAUAUUUUUAAUAAUUUUGUAUUUGAAACAAAAUUUCAGAGCCUGGAAUUUCUCACUUGUGGUUUUCAUGUCAGUGCUCAGAAAGUUUCAGAUUUUACAGCACUUUGAAUUUUGGGUUAGGAAUGCUCAAUCUGUAUGAAGGUGGGAUAGGAAGGUGAAUAAAGGCUAAAGGUUAAGAAAAAUGACCUCUGCUUGUGUUAAACCAAAGUACUAAGGGCCUUAUUCUAGCCCGUUUUAAUGUAAUAUUAAUAAAUGUAUUGGCUUCAUUGCUUUAUUAUUUGAAAUUUA